AUGUGCCCCAUAAAGCAGAUGAAAUUGUUGUGUACAAUCAUACUGGAAAAACGAAAACUGCGCCUCAAAACCAAACGGAAAAACUCUAGCAUUUUGAAAGCACUCAUAACCGCUCAACAGGACUUUCAAAUCUGCAGGUAA